AUGAUCAGAUACUUCCGUUGCAUCAAAGAAAUCGAUAAAACCACCACUGGAAUCGUGAAUCUUUACAACGAGGCAGCAGACGUUGUUGAUAAAACUGACGAAUUCAAAAUCAUUAUCCAGUCUAUGCAAACUCGUCUCUAUGAUCUCCAUCAAAAUCUUCUCACUCUCUUCAAACUUUCAAUCUACAAAAUUGAUUUUUCGGUUCGCGAGCGCAAGUAUCUUGCCAAAAAAAUCUUGGUCUUGGUAAAGGAAUUGUGGAAAGACACAAAGGAAACAGCCGAAGGAAAUCCUUUUGGUUUCAAUAAUAUUGAAAGCAAAAUCGAAAUUCUUGUGAAGGACACUGAUGAUCUCACGAAAUUAAUCUGA